AGGAAUAAUCGCUAAAUAAACCCCAACCAUCAAAUCUACAGCCAUUUCCUUUCCAUUCUAGUGUUAACUCCACUCGACCCGAGAGACUGAGAUCCGACCCGACUCAGAAAUGUCUCUCCCUCUCCUCCUCCUCCUUACCCUCCUCGCCUCCGCCUCCUUCUCCGUCGCCGAGAUCCGCUCCACCCAGAUCCGAUCCGACGCCCGCCCCUUAAUCCUCCUCGACGAGUUCGGCUUCACCCACCGCGGCCAGCUCGAGCUCAACGUCUCCCACCUCUCCCUCUCCGGAUCCACCCCCGACCCGCCGGAGCUCUCCAAGGUCGGUUUCUUCCUCUGCACCAUCGACGCCUGGGCGCACGUCCUCCAGCAAAUCGAGGAUGCGCAGAUCAAUUGCGUCCUCAGAUCCGACGCCAUCAAGCGCGUCUUCAUCUUCGAUCAGCUCUCCUCCCCCUCCGCCUCCGCCUUCAAUUUCUCCUACGCCGAGUCCUCCGCCGAUCAGUACACGCUCAUCUUCGCCAACUGCCUUCCGCAGCUCAAGGUCUCCAUGAACGUCCGCUCCGCGAUGUACAAUUUGGAAGGAGGCAGAUCCAACCGCCGCGAUUAUCUCUCUGCUGGUAAAACAAUUCUUCCUAGGGUUUACUUCCUGCUCUCCCUCAUCUAUUUCAUUAUGGCCGCCCUUUGGAUCAAUGUCUUGUACAAGAAGAGAUCGACUGUUUUUGGAAUCCAUUUCUUUAUGUUGGCUGUGGUAUUGCUGAAGACGUUGAAUUUGUUGUGUGAGGCUGAGGACAAAUCGUAUAUUAAGCGCACCGGAUCGGCGCACGGUUGGGAUGUGCUGUUUUACAUAUUCAGUUUUUUGAAGGGCAUCACGUUGUUCUCCUUGAUCGUUUUGAUCGGAACUGGAUGGUCGUUUCUGAAGCCGUAUUUACAGGAUAAGGAGAAGAAGGUUUUGAUGAUUGUGAUUCCCCUUCAGGUUAUCGCCAACAUAGCUCAGGUUGUGAUUGAUGAGACAGGGCCGUUUGGGGCGGAUUGGAUCGCGUGGAAGCAGGUGUUCUUGCUCGUAGAUGUCAUCUGCUGCUGCGCCGUGCUUUUCCCCAUUGUUUGGUCGAUCAAGAACUUGCGCGAGGCGGCCAAGACUGAUGGCAAGGCUGCGGUGAAUUUGAUGAAGCUCACUUUGUUUAGGCAGUAUUACAUCGUGGUCAUAUGCUACAUUUACUUCACUAGGGUUGUAGUCUAUGCUCUCGAAACUAUUACAUCGUACAAGUACUUCUGGACCAGCGUGGUUGCGGGGGAGUUGGCUACCUUGGCAUUCUAUAUCUUCACAGGAUACAAGUUCAGGCCUGAGGUCCAUAAUCCUUAUUUUGUGAUUGAUGAUGAAGAGGAAGAAGCUGCCGCGGAGCAAUUGAAGCUUGAAGACGAGUUUGAGUUGUGAGAGGAUGUACCAUUUGCAUCCUCAUAGUGAUGAAUGCUCUCCCCCUUAUACAGGUUGUCUAGUUCUUCCUCUGUGUAUCUUUUCUCUUCUCUUUUACUUUCAUUUGUCGCCAUGGCUUAUAUAUACAUAAACACUAGAAUUUAAAUUCACAAGUUGGAUUGAAUCCUGUCAAUUUUGUUGAAGAAAAUGAUUAGUCGAGAACCCUAGAGAAUAACGUUUGCUGUGUUAUAAAUCUCGUUGAUCAGCGUUUCUUUAGUCGUUGUAUGAUUGAUUUUUGACACGGGCUCUGGCUCAUAUAUCAGUUAUAGAUUACAAUUAGAUUCUUCUA